AUGGCCCUCCUGCAUGCUUCCAAGCUCAUACCAGCACCAGGCUCAACACCAACAUCCGCCAUUCCCUUGCGCCGCCCACUCAAAGCAUACAAAACGCACGUUACGCAGUUCCUACGCACGUUGUAUCUCUUUACCGCAAACGACAUCCUUACCUUUAUCUUCCCAACAACGCUCUUCAGCCUGUGCGGCGCACUAUCUGGCCCGGUACUGAGCACCAACGCGUCACCCUCGGUACUGCCGAUUGUGCUGCGCAUCCCGGGCGCAGUGUGUGUGCUAUGGAUUAACUUGCUCAUCUUUACCAUGUCCAACCAACGACACCCAGCCGCUAUCCGCGAAGACCAGCUUGACAAGCCGUACCGCCCGAUCCCCAGUGGCCGAAUCAGCAGCGGCGCCACGCAGAAUCUCUUGUUGAUCCUCGUGCCCAUCGUCGCGGGUUGCGGGUGGUACAUGGGCGUAUGGCAAGAGACACUCAUGCUUUUCACAGCGCAGUGGAUGUACAAUGACCUGCGUGGGAGCGACGCGCACUUUCUGGUGCGUAACCUCCUCAACAGCAUUGGGUAUGGGCUGUAUUCUGCGAUUGCGCUGCGGAUCAUGAUCGGCGCUGAGUAUGUGCUCAAGAUUGAGGCGUAUGAGUGGAUUGGCAUGAUUAUGCUGGUGAUGUUUUUCACCCAGUACAUUUGUGAUAUCAAGGAUAUCGAGGGCGAUAGGUCGACGGGGAGGAAGACAGUGCCCAUAGUGCUUGGGGAUCAGGUGUGCCGAUGGGCCAUUGCCAUUCCUGUUGUCGGGUUUUCCGUGGCAUGUCCUACGUCCUUUCAUCUUGGAGUAUCGAGUUAUAUUGCCACGGUUGGCUUCGGUUUCUUGGUCGCUUUGCGAACACUGGUUUCUAGGCAUCCGGAGGCGGACAAGUCAACGUGGAAACUGUGGGCUCUCUGGACGUGCUCGUUGUUCGUGCUGCCGCUGACGGUUGGCAAGGAAGUAUACCUGCCAAUACCUGUUGUCAAGGUUGAGGGUGUCGUUGCAUGA